GUUGUGUAUGUAGUAUGUGUUAAGUGCUUUAGUUAUAUAUGAACAUAUACAUACAAAUAAAUAAGAGAAAUGAUAAAAUCUUGGCAUUUGCUUUACAAAUCAUUAGCAUCUUAUUCACAAGUGCAAAGUAUUUUGUGGUAUAACACUGGUGACAAAUUAAAAUUUUUCACACAUUUUCGGACUCAUAUAAAUUUGAAAUAUUACUCUACAACAGCCUCAAUUACUCCAUCAACACAAGUCAACAUGAGUGCAUUUAAGUUCCUUGAUUAUGACUGUAUUGGAUUUGAUUUAGACAAUACACUUUUACGUUAUAAUGUGACAAACAUGGUACACUUGAUAUAUGAAACUUUAGCCAAUUAUUUAGUUACAGAAAAGGGGUACAACCCUAAAUAUUUGUUAAAGCCAUUAGAAGAUAAAGAUUUAGAUUUUAUGCAAAAAGGAUUAUUCUUAGAUUUUGAAAGAGGAAAUAUACUUAGAAUAAAUGCUGAUGGUGUAAUUCAAAGAGCAUGUCAUGGAAGUAAUCUAUUAAGUAUUGAAGAAAUCAAAAAGAUAUACCCUGGGCAGAGAUGGGAGACUACAGAUGCUUUUUGUAAUGACAUGUUAUCCACAUGGAACGGUCCUUUAUCAAUGAAAAUGAGAAGUUUAUUAGAUUAUUUUGAUGUUUCAUCAUCUCUUAUUUUUGCAAGAUUAAUAGAUACACUUGACGAAGAACAAGGAGGACCUUUGAAUGCAUAUAAUGUUUGGCCUAAUAUGUUGGAUGGAUUGAUUGAAAUGUUUAACAGAGAUCAUCUUAAAAUGAACAGAGGAUACUUUUUUCCUAGCCUCAGAAAGAAUCCUCAUAAAUAUAUGUAUAAAUGUACUGCAAGAACUAUAACUUGGCUUCAAGAAUUAAAAAGACAUCGUAUUACUUUCCUUGUCACUGGAUCAAAUGUUGAUUUUGUUGAUUUUAAUGCUACUUAUGCUCUUGGAGAAGACUGGAAAUCUCUAUUUGAUAUUGUAAUUUGUUAUGCAAAGAAACCUGCUUUUUUCAUUGAAAAACGCCCUUUUCUUGAUAUUGUAAAUAAUGAAGAAGGUAAUAAUAUCAUAGAAAGUAAAGAUUUAAAACAAGGUGGUAUAUAUAGCCAAGGUAAUUGGAAAGGACUUACUGAAUUCCUUGAAAAUUUAUCUGGAAAGCAAAAUCCUCGUUAUGUAUAUAUUGGUGAUAAUCUUUUGCAAGAUAUUUAUGUACCAAAUUCAUAUGUACAAUGUGAUACAGUAGCUGUAAUUGAGGAACAAAUGUCUGAGGGAAUGGUUCAUCAAAACUUAUCACAUCCUGAUGAAAAAGUAUUAAAUUCAACAUUUUGGGGCUCUUAUUUUUGUUUAAAAGAUCCUAACAUUAAUAUGGACUCAUUAUGGGGACAUGUUAUAAAAAAAUACUCAAAACUUUGCAUACCUGAUAUAGAUUUAAUAGCUCAACAGCCAUUAGAAGAAUCUUACUUAUGUUUUUAUAAAGAUGGAAAGAAAUAUGAUGGAUAUUAUCCUGCAGUACCGCUUAGUAUAUCUACGUUUUAAAUUCAUAAAUUUAUCUCCAAUUUAUUAACCCCCAAACAGAAGUUUUGUAGUUUUAUGUUAACUUGCAUGCUAUAACAUAUUAGUAUCAUAUUUAUAAUAUAUUCUUAAUUCAAGAUA